AUGGACGUGGACGUGGACAUGGACGUGGACGUGGACGUGGACGUGGACGUGGACGUGGACGUGGACGUGGACGUGGACGUGGACGUGGACAUGUACGUGGACGUGGACGUGGACGUGGGCGUGGACGUGGACGUGGACGUAGACGUGGACGUGGACGUGGACGUGGACGUGGACGUGGACAUGGACAUGGGCGUGGACGUGGACGUGGACGUGGACAUGGUCGUGGACGUGGACGUCGACGUCGACGUGGACGUGGACGUGGACAUGGACGUGGACAUGGACGUGGACGUGGACGUGGACAUGGACGUGGACAUGGACGUGGACGUGGACAUGGACGUGGACGUGGACGUGGACAUGGACGUGGACGUGGACGUGGACGUGGACGUGGACGUGGACGUGGACGUGGACGUGGACGUGGACGUGGACGUGGACGUGGACGUGGACUUGGACGUGGACGUGGACGUGGACGUGGACUUGGACGUGGACAUGGACGUGGACGUGGACGUGGACGUGGACGUGGACAUGAACGUGGACACGGUCGUGGACGUGGACAUGGACGUGGACAUGGACGUGGACGUGGACGUGGACAUGGACAUGGACGUGGACGUGGACGUGGACGUGGACAUGGACGUGGACGUGGACAUGGACAUGGACGUGGACGUGGACAUGGACGUGGACAUGGACGUGGACAUGGACAUGGACAUGGACGUGGACAUGGACGUGGACAUGGACGUGGACGUGGACGUGGACGUGGACAUGGACGUGGACAUGGACGUGGACGUGGACAUGGACAUGGACGUGGGCAUGGACAUGGACGUGGACAUGGACGUGGACAUGGACGUGGACAUGGACGUGGACAUGGACGUGGACGUGGACAUGGACAUGGACGUGGACAUGGACGUGGACGUGGACGUGGACGUGGACAUGGACGCGGACGUGGACGUGGACGUGGCCAUGGACGUGGACAUGGACGUGGACAUGGACGUGGACGUGGACAUGGACGUGGACAUGGACGGGGACGUGGACGUAGAUGGACUUGACGUGGACUUGGACGUGGAAAUGAACGUGGACGUGGACGUGCACGUGGACAUGGACGUGGACAUGGACGUGGACAUGGACGUGGACAUGGACGUGGACAUGGACGUGGACAUGGACAUGGACGUGGACGUGGACGUGGACAUGGACGUGGACGUGGACGUGGACGUGGACAUGGGCGUGGACAUGGACAUGGACGUGGACGUGGACAUGGACAUGGACGUGGACAUGGACAUGGACGUGGACAUGGACAUGGACGUGGACAUGGACAUGGACGUGGACAUGGACAUGGACGUGGACGUGGACGUGGACAUGGACGUGGACGUGGACAUGGAUGUGGACGUGGACAUGGACGUGGACGUGGACGUGGACGCGAACAUGGACGUGGACGUGGACGUGGACGUGGACGUGGUCGUGGACCUGGACGUGGACGUGGUCGUGGACGUGGACGUGGACGUGGUCGUGGACGUGGACGUGGACGUGGUCGUGGACGUGGUCGUGGACGUGGUCGUGGACAUGGACGUGGACGUGGACGUGGACAUGGACGUGGACGUGGACGUGGACGUGGACGUCGACUUGGACGUGGACGUGGACGUGGACAUGGACGUGGACGUGGACGUGGACGUGGACGAGGACUUGGACGACGUGGACACGGACGUAGACGUGGACGUUGACGUGGUGGACGUGGACGUGGACGUGGACGUGGACAUGGACGUGGACGUGGACGAGGACGUGGACGUGGACAUGGAUGUAGACGUGGACGUGGACGUUGACGUGGACGUGGACAUGGUCGUGGACGGGACGUGGACGUGGACGUGGGACGUGGACAUGGACAUGGACGUGGACGUGGACGUGGACAUGGUCGUGGACGUGGACGUGGACGUGGACGUGGUCGUGGACGUGAACGUGGACGUGGACGUGGACGUGGACGUGGACCUGCACCUGGACGUGGACGUGGACGUGGACGUGGACGUGGACGUGGACGUGGACGUGGACGUGGACGUGGACGUGGACGUGACGUGGACGUUGACGUGGACGUGGACGUGGACGUGGACGUGGACGUGGACGUGGACGUGGACGUGGACGUGGACGUGGACGUGGACGUGGACGUGGACGUGGACGUGGACGUGGACGUGGACGUGGACGUGGACGUGGACGUGGACGUGGACGUGGACGUGGACGUGGACGUGGACGUGGACGUGGACGUGGACGUGGACGUGGACGUGGACGUGGACGGGACGUGGACGUGGACGUGGACGUGGUCGUGGACGUGGACGUGGACGUGGUCGUGGACGUGGUCGUGGACGUGGACGUGGACGUGGACGUGGACUUGGACGUGGACUUGGACGUGGACUUGGACGUGGUCGUGGACGUGGACUUGGACGUGGUCGUGGACCUGGACGUGGACGUGGUCAUGGACAUGGUCGUGGACGUGGACGUGGACAUGGUGGUGGACGUGGACGUGGACGUGGACGUGGACGUGGACGUGGACGUGGACGUGGACGUGGACGUGGACUUGGACGUGGACGUGGACUGGACGUGGACGUGGACGUGGACGUGGACGUGGACAGGGACGUGGACAGGGACGUGGACGUGGACGUGGACGUGGACGUGGACGUGGACGUGGACGUGGACGUGGACGUGGACAUGGACGUGGACGUGGACGUGGACAUGAGGGACGUGGACGUGGACGUGGACGUGGACGUGGACGUGGACGUGGACGUGUACGUGGACGUGGACGUGGACGUGGAUGUGGACGUGGACGUGGACGUGGACAUGGACAUGGACAGGAACGUGGACGUGGACGUGGACAUGGACAUGGACAGGAACGUGGGCAUGGACGUGGACGUGGACAUGGACGUGGACGUGGACGUGGACGUGGACGUGGACGUGGACGUGGACAUGGACGUGGACAUGGACGUGGACGUGGACAUGGACAUGGACGUGGGCAUGGACAUGGACGUGGACAUGGACGUGGACAUGGACGUGGACAUGGACGUGGACAUGGACGUGGACGUGGACAUGGACAUGGACGUGGACAUGGACGUGGACGUGGACGUGGACGUGGACAUGGACGCGGACGUGGACGUGGACGUGGCCAUGGACGUGGACAUGGACGUGGACAUGGACGUGGACGUGGACAUGGACGUGGACAUGGACGGGGACGUGGACGUAGAUGGACGUGGACAUGGACGUAGACGUGGACGUGGACGUGGACAUGGACGUGGACAUGGAUGUGGACGUUGA